UUUCAUCCGGAAUAGGCGGAGCUUCCGGUUCCGGCGGGGGCCGUCCCGAGCGGCGGAGAUGGCGGCGACAGCGGCCGAGGCUGCGGCCUCGGGCUCUGGAGUUCCCCGGGAAGAGGCUGAAGCCCCCGGCCCCGCCUGGGAUGAAUCCCAAUUGCGCAGUUACAGCUUUCCCACCAGACCCAUCCCGCGUCUGAGUCAGAGCGACCCCCGGGCGGAGGAGCUGAUCGAAAAUGAGGAGCCCGUGGUGCUGACCGACACAAAUCUUGUGUAUCCUGCCCUGAAAUGGGACCUUGAAUACCUACAAGAGAAUAUUGGUAAUGGAGACUUCUCUGUGUACAGUGCUAGCACCCAUAAGUUCUUGUACUAUGAUGAGAAGAAGAUGACUAAUUUCCAGAACUUUAAGCCGAGGUCCAAUAGGGAGGAAAUGAAAUUUCAUGAGUUUGUUCAGAAAUUGCAGGAUAUACAGCAGCGAGGAGGGGAAGAGAGGUUGUAUCUGCAGCAAACGCUCAAUGAUACCGUGGGCAGGAAGAUUGUCAUGGACUUCUUGGGUUUUAACUGGAACUGGAUUAAUAAACAACAAGGAAAGCGUGGCUGGGGGCAGCUGACCUCUAACCUGCUGCUCAUUGGCAUGGAAGGAAAUGUGACACCUGCUCACUACGAUGAGCAACAGAAUUUCUUUGCUCAGAUAAAAGGCCACAAGCGAUGCAUCUUAUUCCCUCCGGAUCAGUUUGAGUGCCUCUACCCAUACCCUGUCCAUCACCCGUGUGACAGACAGAGCCAGGUGGACUUUGACAAUCCUGACUACGAGAGGUUCCCUAAUUUCCAAAACGUGGUUGGUUAUGAAACAGUGGUUGGCCCUGGUGAUGUUCUUUACAUCCCAAUGUACUGGUGGCAUCAUAUAGAGUCAUUACUAAAUGGGGGGAUUACCAUCACUGUGAACUUCUGGUAUAAGGGGGCUCCCACCCCUAAGAGAAUUGAGUAUCCUCUCAAAGCUCAUCAGAAAGUGGCCAUAAUGAGAAACAUUGAGAAGAUGCUUGGAGAGGCCUUGGGGAACCCACAAGAGGUGGGGCCCUUGUUGAACACAAUGAUCAAGGGCCGAUACAACUAGCCUGCCAGGAGUCACGGCCUCCUGCCAGGUGACUGCUAUCCCGUCCACACCGCUUCAUUGAUGAGGACAGGAGACUCCAAGCGCUAGUAUUGCACGCUGCACUUAAUGGACUGGACUCUUGCCAUGGCCCUGGAGGCAGGUGUUUGGGGCGAGGCAGGGCGGUUGGCACUCCACUCCCAUUUGGAGGGGUUUCUUACUCUUGCCUCUUGUGCCCCGGCACCUUCCCUCUGCCCACCCCCCACCCCCCAAGUCCUGCAUUCAGUGUUUGGAGUCCUAGCUUUUGGUUGUCAUCAUGUCUGUGUGUUAGUCUGUCAACCUUGGGAUGAGUGCACGUGUGUGCACACACACACAUGUAUGUAUCUGUUCCUUGUUCCCACCUUCUGGGUCAGGGUGUCAUUUCUGGCUCUCAGCCCCAUCUCCUGCAGCUUCAGUGCCUCAGCCUGAGUGAGAGGAGAUGCUCUUGGACCCCCACUCCAUCUGGGCUGCAGGGCCAGAGCUAGUCUGACCAUUAUGUCAGUCUGCAUCCAUCCAGUUUUUGCAUAGUCAAACUCUAGGCUGGGUGGGAAUGGCUGCUGGGACUCUAAUGGGGAGAAUGAGAGGGAGGCUUGCCUUUGAGAGCCUAAAUAGCCUUCCUGUGAGAGAAAGGAUUAGAUAGGAUUCCUGCUGGGACCUACAAGCUCAAGCCAUACAUGGAAAGGACCUUGGGACAUAAGAACCAAGGGUUGUGCAUGAGUUCUGAAUUAAAGACACAUACAGUUUCUCUUUCA